AUGCCGUUCCAAAAGCACAGGGCGACUGCCCCGGAGCAGCACCUCGCCGCGCCCCGCGAAAAGGACACAUCCUCCUCCUCCGCCUCUCUCGACGAGAAAGACGUCUCCUCCCCGCGCGAGGCUGGCAUUCUCAUCACGCCCACCACCGAUGACGAUGCCACGCCUCCUCCCCCGACCAACGUCUUCGACGACGACGACGGCACCGGCACCGGCAAGACGUACCGCACGCUCACGCGGUGGGACACGACCCUCGUGCUCGUCACCAACCAAGUCGGCCUCGGCAUCCUCACCCUGCCCAAGAUCCUCCUCACGCUCGGCCUCGUCCCCGGCGUCGUCGCCAUCCUGGGCCUCGGCCUCGUCUCCUUCUACACGGCCUUUGAGCUGCUGCAGUUUUGGCGCGCGCACCCGCACUGCGUCAACAUGGUGGACAUGGCGCGCGUCGUCGGCGGGCCCGCCCUCGAGGUCGUCGUCGGCGUCUCCCUGCUCGUCAAGAUCUGCAUGACGUGCGGCAGCGCCACCGUCACCGUCGCCGUCGCGCUCAACACCAUGUCGGGCCACGCGCUCUGCACCGUCGGCUUCGCUGGCGUGGGCGCCGUCGCGUGCUGGCUGCUCUGCCUGCCGCGCACAUUCAAGUUCGUGUCGCGGACGGGCGUGCCCUCCACGGUGAGCAUCCUCGCCGCCGUGCUCAUCGUCAUCGUCAGCCUCGGCGCCGCGGGGCAGCCCAAGAAUGCGCCGCCGGGGUGGGACAAGGAGAUUCUCGUCGUCGGCCGUCCGUCCUUUAGGGAGGGCGUCAGCGCGUGCCUCAAGGUGUGCUACGCGUACGCCGGCAACGUGGGCUUCGUGUCGUACAUGGCGGAGAUGAGGGACCCCUCACGCGACUUCGUCCCCGCGCUGGGCGUGAUGCAGGUCUUCUCCGUCGUGCUGUACCUCGUCACGGCCGUGACUAUCUACUGCCUCUCGGGGCAGUACACCACGUCGCCCGCGCUCGGGUCGGCCCCGCUCAUCCCCGCCAAGGUUGCGUACGGCGUCGUGCUUCCGGCGAUCCUCAGCACGGGGCUCGUGUUCGGCCAUGCGGCCAUCAAGUACAUGUACGUCGUGGCCAUGCGCGCCAUGAAGCGGACGCAUCAAAUGACGGACAACUCGGCGCGGUCGUGGACGACUUGGGUCCUCUGCGGCACCGUGUUCUGGGUCGCGUCGUUUGUGCUCGCCAACGCCGUCCCCAUUUUCGACUCCAUCCUGUCCAUUGCGUCGGCCACGUUCAUCGCGUGGUUCACCUUUGGCAUCAGCGGCGUUUUCUGGUACCACCGCAACUGGCAGCACAAGUUCCGCAGGCGCAACAUCUUCCUCGCCGUGGUCAACGCUCUGCUCAUCGUGCAGUCGCUGUUCAUGAAUGGCGUGGGGCUGUGGUCGGCGGUGCAGGGGCUCAUCGACAUCUUCAACGAUAAGGAGAACAAGAUCGGUGGCGCCUUUACCUGCGCGGACAAUUCCAUCUUUUAG